AUGCAUCAUAGUAGGAAGUACUCUCCAACGCGCCACACCGAUAUAAUUUCAUCUUUAUCGGUGCCUUUGCUUAAUAGGUUACCAAACCUACUGAUAGUGAGUGGUUCUGAUGAAGAACCUUCCAAAAAAGAAAAAUCCAAAAUGCUCAACUCAAAGGUAAAGGCUGUGAGGCGAACACCUUCACCACGCGCUCGUCAUAUGGAGGACGUCGAGAAGAAUUGGGGAGAAGCGCAAAAUGAUGAGAACGGAGGAGCCGCUCCACGCUCUAGGAGGAAGGGGUACAAACCCCCAGACGUCAGAACAAUUUUUGAAGCGUCCACCAAGGACCCCCGGGUGAAAGAGGAACGGGGAGAAGGUCACUUGUUUAAAGAAGACGCGGCAAGAGAAUGGUGCGAUGUGUGUUGUAAUUACAUCUUCCAAGAUGGCCUGAAGUGUGCAGGUUGUAAGUACACAUGUCAUGCUCAUUGUCGUGACCUGGUGACACUUGACUGUCAACCGAAUGGAUCUCCUAGUGAUGGGCUACUCAGUGUCCUUGCCCAAGACCACCUCAACAACAACCAGUCCUCACACAGUGAUGUGGAGAAGGAGAAAGAGUUGCGCACUCACCUCAGCUUGGAAGAGACCAAACACAAGGUUGAGCUGUACAACGCUGCUACGCGGGACCACCUCAAAAUGACGCUGAAUUCCGAUGGCCUGUACACGGGCUUCAUAAAGGUGCAGCUGGAGCUGCGGCGGCCCAUCACCGUGUCGGGAGGAGGAGGGAUGAAGGGCCAGGAGGCCUUCUAUUUGCCCCGCGGCUGCGUCAACACUCUGCACAUCAGCAGCUCCAACACGGUGCGGCAGGUGAUCGAGGCCCUGCUGCGCAAGUUCACUGUGGCCGACAAUCCGGCCAAGUUUGCCCUCUACAAACGCUUCCGACGGGAGGACCACGUGUGUGUCUGUAAACUGGCCGAGGGAGAGCACCCUCUGCUCCUGCGUCUGCUGGCAGGGCCCAGCCCGGACACGCUGAGCUUCGUGCUGAGAGAGCAGCAGACAGGCGAGGUCAUGUGGGAUGCUUUCUCCAUCCCCGAGCUGCACAACUUCCUGCGCAUCCUGGAUAAGGAGGAGCAGGACCAGGUCCGCGUGAUAACCACGCGCUACAACAUGUACCGGGAGAAGCUGGAGGAGGCGAUCCACGUUGUCAGCAGCCCUGAUUAAUGGCGGCCUGCGUCCGUGGAGGAGAGGGCGAGUGAGAGGGAGAGAAGGCUGACCGCAGGGAUCCUGCCUCACUAGGCACCAUGCCACGGUCAACUCUAGAAAGGGCUGUUGAAACUCUCAACACUGACGCUCAGAGAGCACAUGGGACGCUACACGCUUUCCCCACAAUGCACCCUUAGUGCCAUAUUCUCUCACCUUCUCUUUUUCACCGUGUUUGUGUUAUUUUUUAAAUUGUUAUUUGGUUCUCUUUUUUUGUAGUAUGUUUUCUGUAAUGUUACCUCUUGAACUUGUGAAUGAUGCAAGUCUGAGAAUCUGGUCUUUCUGACUGUUUUAUUUAAUUGGUGGAUGCUAUGGUUUGUACAUAUUUUUGUUCAUUAUUUUUUAUUUAUGUGGGUGAAUCUUUGCUAUUUUUUUUAAUUGAAAGUCUUAUUUUAUUUUGAAGAGGCGUAGCAACAAUCCAAUACAGUAGCUGAAGGACUGGUGGAGUUGCUGGUCACAGAGGGUGAGUUACUGCUCGCUGACAUGACUCCUUUACCAAAGAAUAAACAACAUUUGGCCUUUGAUGUGCAGCUGCAGUCAUGCGACUUCGGCAGGUUGUCGUGCUAGGGCUCCGCUUUAGCUGUUUGUACAAAUCCGAGUUGACAUGGUUUUAAUAAUAGAACUACAGGUUGGGACCUCAGACGCUUGUUGGAUAUUGAGGCUUUGGGAGCAGAAUUUGACCAGGAACACAGAGAAGUUGCAUUAUCAGUGUAAGGAGUAGUGCAUUGGAACAAACGGUCCGGCAGUUGACGGAAGAAUGUGAGAUUCAGGAGGAAUACAGGACAUGCUAAAAUGCAAUUCCAGAUUAAGACAAGAGUUAAAGAAGGAAGAUGGGUUGUGUAGGAAAAGGCCCACAUUGGAGCAUGGGAACGUUGGUUUUUGGGAAAGUUGGUUCAGAAGUUAAUCAGACCCUAACAGUGAGCCACCUAAACACUGUUUAGACCGAAAAGACUUCUGAGUUGAGAGAGCACUAGGAAGUAGGAUACGUUGUCACAGGAGCAGAUAAGAAUGCAGGAAGUUAACAUAUCUGUUCAGAGGAAGUUGAACUGUAUUUAGAGGAAAUAUGAGGCUGGUGUGGGAACAAACCCAGUUGCAGCAAGGACCUGUUUGUUUUGGCAGACCUCUGCUGGCCGCAGUGUGUGACCUGUCUCUUGGUGCCUGUCGUCCAUUUUUGUCUGACCCCUCCAAAUGGUCGUCAUGUCAAACAGCCUCUCAUGAUGGAACCCUCCAGAGAUGAGCAUCAUGUGCAAGGCCUGUGUUGCAGAGAAGGAUGUCAGCUUGGCGUAACUCUGAAAAGGCAGGCACGCGCACACGCACACGGGUGUGUGUGUGUG